CUGCUCUCCGCGAGCCGCCGGUCUCGGACAGCGCGCGCGCGCGCUCCAGCUCGAACCCGCAGAGCCCGGCAUUCACUCUCUCUCAGUGAGAUGCUGUGGCCAUACUGUAAGGUGCUGCAGGCUGUAAAAGGAAGACGAAGGUUGAGGCGGAGCUCCAUGCGGGGGUCACGUCUCAAGCUCUCUUGCUCCUUCUGGUUUGUUCUUUUGUUCGGGGCUGGAGGUUUAAUACUCUUCAUCCACCUACAGGACCUGUCAGACAUGGUGCAGCAGCAGGGACCAGGGGUCCAUUUCGAUGGCUUGGCAUGGCAGAUAAGAGAGGAGCUGUGUCCCCAGCAGGACGGCAAUACGACAGGCAGCAUGACCGCAGUCCCAUUGGAGGGACAACACAUCAACACUGAUGAACCGAGUGCCGAUAACUAUAUCUCACCGAUGCAGUUUCCGGCUUUCAGCUGGAACAAAGCAAAUCGUCGCGUUACAAAACGUCUCCAGGCCAGUGCAGGGAUCCGGUCGCUAUCCAACCCCUCAUUAUCAUCAUCAUCAUUAUCUUCGUCAGAGCCUACACCCAAGAGCUGGCAGCAUUUUUACCAUGUGCAGAAAACUCGUCAUCGCCUGAUCAAGGAAGUCUGCGCUAAAUACCGGAGCAACAUCACACGAACGAUAACACCGCAUCACGUGUCUCGUAUCUAUGUAGAGGACAGGCACAAGCUGCUUUACUGUGAAGUCCCCAAAGCAGGCUGCUCCAAUUGGAAACGAGUGCUGAUGGUACUUGCCGGUGUCGCAUCCUCUACAAAUAACAUAAACCAUGACACUGUUCACUACAGCAACCGCUUGACUCGACUAGAUGGCUUCGAGCAGCACGCAGUGUCUGAGCGCCUCCGUUCCUACACCAAGGUUCUGUUCAUUCGGGAGCCGAUGGAGCGUCUGGUCUCGGCAUUCCGGGACAAAUUCGAGAGCCCGAACUCAUACUACCACCCUGUCUUCGGCAAGCCCAUAAUCUCCAAGUACAGGGUGAACGCGUCUAAGUCGGCACUCAGGACAGGAAGCGGUGUCACUUUUCAGGAGUUUAUCCGAUACCUGCUGGAUGUCCACCGUCCUAUCGGCAUGGACAUCCACUGGGAGCCAGUAAGUCAGCUCUGCAGCCCAUGCCUGCUUGAUUACGAUUUCAUCGGGAAGUUUGAGACUAUCGAGGAGGAAGCUAACUUCCUCUUGCGUAGACUGGGUGCUCCAAAGAACCUCACGUUCCCCACCUUUAAGGACAGAAACCCAGAAGCUGCAAGGACUUCCUCACACAUCAUGCAGCGUUACUUCACGCAGCUCAGUGCCUCAGACAGGCAAAGGGUUUAUGACUUCUACUAUAUGGACUAUCUGAUGUUCAACUACUCCAAACCUUUUGAAGAUGUGUAUUGAUUAACUGCUGAAUAUAGUGAUGGUUGCUGUUGUUUAAGUUGUCAAAAAAUAUGAGAUUAUUACAGUGUGGAAUUUACCGUACAUAGCAGUAGUUCUUUCUAACUGCUUCAAAUUAUCAGACAAUUUCUGACUUCACACCAAUAGUUCUGCAACUAAUACAUUCCUACUGGGAUUCGAACAUACAGUAGUGGAAGUGACUAAAAAGAACUAAUUUACUGUUUUGUGCUUAAGUAUGCACUUUUAAUACACUGCAGAAUUAUGAAAACAGG